AAUAUGAAUGUUUCAUUCAAGAAUCUUUUGGCUGAAAAGGUGGAACAGCUUAUGGAGUGGAGCUCAAGGCGCUCAGUCAUCCGCAUGAAUGGAGACAAAUUCCGAAGAUUUGUGAAGGCUCCACCUCGUAACUACUCUGUUAUAGUGAUGUUCACUGCGCUCCAGCCACAGCGGCAGUGUUCUGUUUGCAGGCAAGCUAAUGAAGAGUAUCAAGUGCUGGCCAAUUCAUGGCGCUAUUCAUCUGCUUUUUCAAACAAACUGUUUUUUACAAUAGUGGAUUAUGAUGAAGGGGCAGAUGUUUUUCAACAGCUGAAUAUGAACUCUGCUCCGACUUUUAUGCAUUUUCCUCCAAAAGGUAAACCCAAGAGAGCUGACACAUUUGACCUGCAGAGAAUCGGAUUUGCAGCUGAACAGCUAGCUAAAUGGAUAGCUGACAGAACAGAUGUUCAUAUUAGAGUAUUCAGGCCUCCUAACUAUUCUGGUACAAUUGCACUGGCUCUUCUGGUGUCUCUUGUUGGUGGCUUGUUAUAUCUGCGAAGAAAUAAUUUAGAAUUCAUCUACAAUAAGACUGGCUGGGCCAUGGCAGCUCUGUGUGUUGUGUUUGCUAUGACAUCUGGUCAAAUGUGGAAUCACAUCCGUGGACCCCCGUAUGCUCAUAAAAAUCCUCAGAAUGGACAAGUGAGCUACAUACACGGAAGCAGUCAAGCUCAGUUUGUUGCAGAGUCGCACAUUAUUCUUCUACUGAAUGCUGCUAUCACCAUGGGAAUGGUACUUCUGAAUGAAGCUGCUACAUCCAAAGGCGAUGUUGGAAAAAGGAGAAUAAUAUGCCUGGUAGGCCUGGGUCUGGUGGUCUUUUUCUUCAGCUUCCUGUUGUCGAUAUUCCGCUCCAAAUACCAUGGCUACCCAUAUAGCCACACCAGAAGAGGAAAGAAAGGAUUAAAGCCUCUGCAUUUUGUAGGUAGAUACUUUUGGCUGGCAGGUUGGCUACACAGAUGGUCUGGACUUCUGAUUCACAUCUUCCCAUCAGCUGUUCUAUUCUUUUUUAGUAGUCUGUCAUGAGCAGGGGUGGAUGGCCCAUAUCAUUUUCUCAUGAUCCUGGUGUCAUUUUCAAAAGUACAUGAAAAAGCCUAACUAGCGGAAGGAAACCAAGGAAAGGUACAUUUAAGCAAAGUCUUCAGCAAUUUAGAAAUGAGAGGCCAGGCUAUUUAGCAAAACGUUGACGUUUCCUGAGUCAUAAAGUUUGUAGAACAAAACAGCGACCUGUUGAUCUUUCUCUUCCAAAGCUUUGUAUUAAGAUUGCUAAAAUAUUUUCAGCAAGGAAGAAUCCUUCUGCUGUUGUUCGUAUCCUGCAAUACAGCAGUUUUGAUCCAUUAGGUUCUGAUCCUGUUUGAGGCAAAAGGAAAAAAAGGCAUAGUUUCGGUCUUUGUUCCAUUUUCACUUUUUUUCUUGCUAACACUCAUGCGCAACUAACGUUUUAUGUACUUUAGCCUUAGUUACUAAUAGCUGAGUAUACGCUUAAGAUAGAUAGAUAGGUACAUUAGGCCUUAGUUUUUUCUUUCAAAACGUCUAAAUAUAUAUGUAUGUAGUUAAUGUAGUCUUAACAUGCUAUGCUAGACUUUAUAGUACAGAUAAUAUGCAUCUGAGUGCAGGUUUUUCUCCUCCAGGUGACCAGUGCAUUUAAAAGAGAUGAGGUUUGCCUUUAUGUCUAGUGAGUUUAUAAACCAGUAGACUAGUCCUUCACAGAAUAUUAGUCUCCAUUACCAUAGAUGAAUGAGUACAUGAAUGACAUGCUUGGUACAAUGUAAGCAUAGUAACAAUUUGCUGAAAGAUCUUCUGGCAUGCUGAAAUCCCAUAUGAUACAUACUAGUAGUAAGGGAAACAUUAGUACAGAAGAUUAAGUUAAGUGGGUUAUAUUUUAAAGCUGAUAACAAAAGAAGUGUAGCUAUUAGUGUUAAGAGUUCUGCUGUUUUUACAGCCACUCUUAAAGAAUCAUAUGAGGAAUACUUUUUGCAGGUUUUCUCAGAUACUUCUGAGGAAUGUUUUCUAUGCCUAGCCCUUGUGCAUUAGUGUAACUGGCAGUUUUACAGUCUGUUUUUGGUUCCACUCGUAAGGAUUCAGCCUUGCAAAACCAACUAAACUGAUCUCACUAAUAGAUAACAUUUUUUCUGUUAGUUUUGCUGUGAGACCUAUUAACCUAUUUUAUGGCUCUAUUCUCUUCAUAUAGAUUAAUUGACAUUUAAUCUAGAUCAUCUUAGAUUUGUCCCUGUCAUUCAAUAACAGCAUAUUCAAGAUAGGAAAACUCUUCCCUUUCCAAUAGCUAAAGAAGGCCUGCUCCUACUUUUUACUCUUUCUUGUCAAGGGAAGAGGUAUACAAAGAGACUAAUUGUCUAAUAUUGCGACGUUUCAUUACUAUGUAGUUAAUAAUUUGUCAUCUAGGAUAGUCUGUACAGCCUCUGGACAUCCUUUCUAGGGACUACCUUUUAGCCUUGGGGGGGACUUAGGGUGACAGAUUUCAAUUUUCCUACGUAUGAGAUAUUCUUACUUACCAAUAAGUGCUUAAGUCUUAAACUUACAACAAGAAGGUAUUACAAGCUUAGUCUGCCUCUCGUAGGCUCACUCAAACAGCAGUGCUGUAGAAUAGUCUAUCCAUGGUCUGAGCUGACUUGCGUUUUCUCAUAACAAGUUUAUUCAAACGAGAGAAGGGUUUGUUUGUUGUGUUCCUUACCCUAAAAUUUCAGAGCUGCUAAAGAAAACCUGAUAGUGUAGUAGCUUUAUGUAUGUUUAGAGUCUUCAUCCUAGGAAUGUUCUUAUAACCUAUUAACAACAUGCUUAUACUGUGGAAGCUAUGCUAUCUUCCAGAUCUUGCAUGGCUUUUGUAAAUAUUAGCCCUCAGGAUUUUUGACUACUGUAUGAUGCUUGGAACUUCUGAGACUGAACAGUAUCUUGUGAACAUGAUUAUGAUGUGUGAGUUAGCGUGUCUAUACAGCACCAUGGAUGUUAAUGCAGACCUGUUUACUCAGUUCUGCUACUUACCUUACUGUAGUGUAAGCUUCAAGGAUCUUAUUUUAAGCAGUAUAGGAGUUUUCCCUUACGUUUUCUUGCUUAUGUGUUUACUGUAUGUUUUUGGGGGACAGAUUUUCUUUUUUCCGCGUUGAAUCUAUAUUUGGUAAAAAUAUCAGAGAUUCUGGAAGCCAGUUUCUAAGUUCGAGGAAAAUACCUGUCUUUUCUGUGGAGUGUCUAGCAGAAGUUGGUACCCUGUGUAGAUUUUAGACUCCUCACUUUCAAGCUAAGUAUCCAAGCUAAGAAUGAAGAACAUCAAGAAGCAGGAAAAAAAAAAGAAGAGAAAGAGAACUUUUGAAUUCUGUCAAAGGUUUAAGUUCAAGAAAUCUAAUUAGAUGUACAAUGCAUGUGGAAAAGUAGUGCACCUAUUCCUGCACUAAAGUGGGUGAUGAAAAGACCAAAAGAAAUCCAGGAUAGUGCUGAAAAGAAUAAUUCAUCACCGCCCUGUUAUAAUCAGGUAUUGCUGCAUCAUAUUGUUACUGUGAAGGAAUUAUUAGAUCCAUAAACCAAAUUCUGUUCUAAGGAGCUAAGUAGAUUCACUAUUGCAACUUAUUAAUCACCACCAUCCAUCAAGUAAAUUCAUAAAAGAAUUAAAGCUUGUGUGGAUGCAUGAGAACAUGAGAAAUAUCAUUUAAUAACUGGUUCAGCGUUUUGUUCAGCGUACACAGUUUUGAGGGUUUUUUGUUUUUUGUUUUUUUUAAAUAACACUACUGCUCCUGCAGAAUUAAGCAAGAUUUUACAAGCUUGCUUGCACUGUCCUAGAUUCUCCAUUAAUGGAGCUAAUCAUUUGAUCUUAAAUCCUCACUCAGUAAAAAAUUACUGUAAACCAUUACUAGAACUGAUCCUACUCCUUUGCUGUUAUCAGCUUUCAUUUGCUGGUUUCUAAAUGGGUUGUUUACUUAUCUGUUCCUUUCAGCAUUAAAUUUUUGAGGUUUCUGUGAGUCUGUUGGGGAGCUCUGACCCCUUUUUCUGUAAUGAUGGUGUAAAUAAACAUGCUAUUGAUUCUUUAACACUUCAUUGAUCUCAACCAUGUCAUCUUCAUGGCAAAUCUCAGUUUGCUACAAAACCUGAUAUUGUUUCUUAAGAAGAGAAGCUUCUACUUGAUUUAUGUAUAUAUAGUUUGAAAGAAUUUUAAUGAAGUGAGCAUGCAGAACGCUAAAGAGAAAUACAGGACCAAGUAUAUUAACUCUAUUCUUCUCCCUUUGCCCCUUUAAUUUCAUAUCCUGCUUUUUAACGGUCAUCUGUGCUUAUAUACUUUCAUCUUUUUGCUUGAUUUUCUUAGCAUCUGCCACAGAAUCCCAGUGUAGAUAUAUCUUAAGAUGUGAAAUUUUUCUGUCUUUUUACUUUCACUAGUUGUAGAUUUCACCUUGAAACUAUCAGUCUUUAUGUGAUAUAUUGUGUUAUAGCUCCUUCUGAUCCUCAGGCUGGUAAAGCUUUGUCUUUAACAAUACUAACAGCAAGGCAUACUAAUGACCUGUCAGUUAAAAGAAAAAAAAAAGAAAAAAAAA